CAGUAACAUUUGAAUCUCGGAACUCCCUGAAGAAAGGAUCAUUAAUAUUCUAUAUUUCUGAAAGGCCAGGUUUAUAAUUAUUUUAUGUCUCUGAGGAUUCCUGAAAAAUCAAAAUAUUUGCUUCUUCUUGUGUGAAAAUGGAUCCAAAAGGAAAAAUUGGUGUUGUUAAGCCACCCUCAUUGGGAUAUCGGCACGUCGUAGCUUUAAUAGGAUUCGCAUCAUGCUUCCUGGUCAACAUUCAACGUAUGAGUUUGGGUGUUGCCAUUGUGGCUAUGGUAAAUCAAACUGUGCCUGAUCGAUUAGCUGAAAGCAAUUCGACUGCUAUUGUUUGUCCAUAUAGUAAUGAAACAAAAAGCUCUUCAGUGAAGAAGGUUGAAGGUGACUUCCCAUGGAAUUCACAGCAGCAAGGAUUGGUACUUGGAAUUGGGUUUCUCGGCUUUUUCUUCGCAACUAUUCCGGCCUCAAUGCUCAUCAAGGCCUUGCAAGCAAAACGAGUGGCACUGUUUGGCAGUAUUUUAUCCAGUGUUGUGACUAUGCUCUGUCCGAUAGCAUCCGAGCUUCAUGUGAAUGCUAUGAUAGUUGCUCAGUUUGUCAGAGGUAUUGGGCAAGGCUUCCUCUUCGUCUCGCUGUUUGUUCUUAUGGCUAACUGGUUUCCCAGGAAAGAAAGGGGACUUCUGUCCACCUGUGUCAUUUCUGGCUAUUCCAUAGGCUCGGCCGUCGCAUCAGCUGUUACAGGGUACAUCUGUGAUGUACCAGAACUAGGCUGGGAAGGAAGUUUUUACAUAAUGGGUGGAAUCGGAGUCUUUCAUGCAGCUCUUGUUAUUGUGCUGCUUUAUGAAACUCCUCAAAGUCAUCCUAAAAUUUCUUCAGCCGAGCUGCUGUAUUUAUCUGCUGAUGAAGAAAAGAAUGCAUCGAAUAAUGUUCCAAAAACUCCAUGGCUUAAGAUUCUCUCUUCAAUUCCUUUCUAUGCGUUAUUGAUUGGUCUUCUUGGUCAGUACUGGUGCUUUUCAUAUUUCUGGACUGUUCACUCCACAUUUUUGGGCACAAUACAGCAUUUUCCGAUAACUGAGAAUGGAGUUUGGUCCUGUCUUCCAUUUCUCAUGAAAGCAUGUGGAGAAUACUCUAGCAGUUCGAUUUCCAACUGGCUUCUGAUGAAAAAAUACGUAACUGUUAACGUUUUGCGUAGAACUUGCAAUUCAAUCGGAUGCAUUGGCUUUUCGGCUGCUGUUUUGGGAACCUAUUAUUCAGGCUGCAAUGGUUCCAUGAGUGCAGUGACAGCUGCAGUAUCCAUGUUUUUCACAGGUGUUGCAACGGCUGGUGCCAUGAUUACCUGCAUAGAUAUGGCUCCGAGAUUCGCUGGUUCUUUAUCUGCAUUUCUAAAUGGUGCUGGAUGCUGGGUUUCAUUCCUUCUCCCCAUAAUUGUAGGAUUAAUAACAAGAAAUAAACUUCUCACAGAAUGGCACACUGUAUUCUUCAUCUCCAUAUCCUUUGUAAUGCUCAGCGGCGUUAUUUUUGCCAUAUUUGGAUCUGCAGAAGUUCAGCCAUGGAAUUUCGUCGAAGAAGACGUCAAAAAAGAUAUAAAUUCAUUAGAACUAAACAAAGAAAGAGAAACCUCUCCUCAAUCUACAGGUGGUUUACCGAACAACCAUAGGUGAUCUGAACUCUUCUUGAAAUUAGAUUUCAAUUUUUUAAUUCUGGUAACUGCUUACUACAGUAGAAUCAAGUGCUGUAGAAAUUUCUUAUCAGGAAUUUCGUAGGAAACUACUGGGCACUAUGACAUAGUUUGCAAAAACUCACUAUCGCUUGAGCAUUUCUUUGAUCAAUGAUUCUUUUUGAAUGCUAGAAAUAUCUAUGACUAAAUCUCGUAGUUUAUGGGCAUGAAUUGAAAGAAUGAAGAAAAGAAAUGAAAUUUCAUUCACAAAAUAGAUUGAAAAAGUUCUAAAAAUUGUGCGCUUAUUUCAUAUAAGAAAAUCAUUUUUCUUCUUUUUAAAAUCUAGAAAACAAAAUAGUUUAUUGUUUAAUCUGUUUUUUCGUUAUUUUGUAUUUAAUUACAAAGAACUGUGGGAAAUUUUUUGGCUUAGACUUGAUUGAUAGAGAAGAAUCAAGUAAAAAAAUCCAUAGGGAAAAUCGUAAAUAUAGUUUUAUACACAUACCUGAGAUUUUAGAAUGCAAACUUCGACAUCUAUGAAUUCACUCAAAAUUCACACUCUCGUCGCUUAAUUCAUAAACCAAUGAUUUGAUGAGAUUCUGGACAACUGUCUUUUCAAUUCAGGCUCAAACGCAACUUUGAAGUAGAUAACAUUGAAGGCUAGCGUAGACAUAUUGCUAGAAGCUUCCACAGAUGAUACCGCUAAACUCAAUGAGAAGUAGUCAAAAUUUACCUAUUUGAUACCAAAUCUACGCUAACUAUAUUAGACUCUUGUUUGAACCAACUUUGGAAAAGAUGUAGAAAUAACAAAAAACGCUUCGUAAGUGUUGCUGAACAUGGAACUUUGGUUGGUUCUCUUGUGGAUUGAAUUAGCAUUUUUCUAAUUCUAUUCUGAUAGUAGCAUGCACAUCAUAUCGUCCCGAAAAUUCGGACUAUCCUCUAUGGAUGAAUUGUUAAUUUGCAGUCUCUAACCAUCGCUGCAUUUUCAAUAUAAUAAAUUUCUGAUUUAGGCAUUCACCAAAUCCAUUUGGCUAUAGAUUCUAGAUGCCAAAAUCAUAAAAUCAUCGAAUUCUCUGUCCUAUUUAUUAAUAAUUUUCAGCAUGAUUACCAAUUUUUUUUGCUUAAAUAUUGCUACGUUAGCAUACUUUUGUGACUUGAUUUGGGUGAUAAAUAAAAUAUUUAGGUGAAAACAGAACAAAAGAAAGAAACUAGUACCAGCAGCCAGGUUGAAAAUUGUAUGUUAUAAAAAUUGAAAUGUACAGAACUCAACGAUGAUGAAAUCAAGUCAAUUAAGGAAGCUUAAUAUAGGGCAUAGGGGUCAAGCGUAAAACAUUAUUAAUACGCUAAAAUAUUUUAGAUAAAAUUCGGAAAUUUUUCGUUUAGUGAUUCAUUCAAAAUACUAAAACUUCCAAAUUUUUAGAAAGCAAAAUUAAGAAUUCUCAAAGAAAAAUUUUUUUAAUCCAAUUAUUUUCGUUCAUUUUUAAUAUGUUGCCAGACAAAGCGAUGACCAAGCACUUUUGGCAGCCAUUCUUUAAAAAUAAGUGCUAACUUAUACAUAGAUUUUGGGAAUAAAAAUUAAAAUCUGCUGUUUUCAAAGCACCCUCGUGACAGAACAAACAAAACAGUGAACUUGAAAUUCCAUUUGAAGACACAUUGACAUCUUCUUAUGGAAUUCUGAAAUGAUGAAUAAUUACCUUUGGGGAGAAGUAGAACUGCUGUAUUAGAUGUUCUCAUGACUUUUUUGUAAGCAAAAUGAAAACUAGAAACAGAAUCUAUUUUUCCAGUACAGUCGCUAAGGAUAUGACAAUGUCAAAGUCGAUCACAGUAUUAUACUGUUAAUUUCUUGAAAACCACUGAUAAUUUUCAAAAUAAAAGUUAAAAAAAAUUAAAGUACAAAUUAAGUUAUUCAUUUAUUUAUUUAUUUAAUAUUUUCAUCAAUUUAUUUCAAAAGAUGCGAUUUUUCUUUUUUCUGUAUUACAUGCAAUAAGAAUUUUUGUAUCACUUAGUAAAGAGGAAUGGGCAAAUGUUGCAUAAGAUUGCCUACAUUUGCAUAAUGAUACCUGACGAUUGCACAUAAUUGUAUAAAUAUUGUAUAUUGUUAAAUGUAAUAAAAUUUUUAUUUGUUCA